AUGUCACAAUCAUCAUUAACCUUAAUACAAACCCCACCGGACGUGAGCGAGCUCCCCACUCUCGCCGAUCACCAAUCAUCAACUCCCGCGUCAUUUGCGCAGGAAGUUCUACACUUCCGAACCACAGGCGCCAAGAUUACAUUAUCCUCCGACCAAAAGUUUUUACUACCAGCUUGGUUCCCAGAUGCAGCUAGUAAUGAUAUCUCGGUAGACGUCGAGGAGGCAGCACCAGCGAAGAAUAAAGGUGCAGCAGAAGGAGAAGAUGAUGAGGAUUGGGAGGACGAAGAUGCGAUAGUUGAGGAUGUACAUGUCGAAGAUGUGACUAUUAUUGUUACUACGAAACAGCUCACAUUGUACUCGAAUACCCAUUCCGCCGGUUACCAAAUCCCGUACCUUUCUAUCUCGUUACACGCCAUAACAUCGACACCUACGACUUCGGGUAUUUUCAUGCAGAUAAACACACAUACCACCUCCUUUGACGACCAUGACUACUCUUCUCUCGAGUUGACAAUAUACCCACCACAGACGACGGUGACAACGAGUGCAGAAGGUGGGAAUGUAACAGGUAGCACGAAGGAGCUUUUUGAAGCACUAGCACAGUGUAGUGAUCUACACCCAGAUGUUAAACCCGGUUUCUUUGGUGGUGGAGACGAAGAAGGUGAUGAGGACGGUGAUGAUUCUGGUGCUAUUUACUUUGAUCAUAAUGCUAUGAGCGAUGUCGCUGGUUCAGGCGGCAUAACUUUCUUGGGCGGUGCAGAUGAAGUUGGUGGAAUCCCGGCCUUGGCACCUGGAGGGUGGAUUACGGCUGAGAAUGUGGAUAGGAUCCAGUGGACUAUUGAUGGACAGUCUGGAGUUGGGGAUCCGAAUGCCGCAAGUUUGGGACCUGGAGCCGGGAAUGUUAGGAGAAGAGAUGAUGAUGAUGAUAAUGGCGGUGUUGAACUCGAAGAGGGAGUUGAAACUAAUGGCUCGGAGACAAAGUGGCGGAGAACAGAGUCAUGA